AACCUCAACUUUCACCAUGGGUAUCAUAUCAUGCAUUCAUGCCCUCAUUUUGGUACUGACGGUUUUCCAGGUGAUAUAUGCUAGUGAGGCAGACCUUAAGCUUGACUCUGUCCUCCCUCCAAAUUUCACAGCUGCUGAUGCAAACUUCUUCACUCAUACUGCCUUCCGUGUCCUGAUUGGGGCUGAUCCACCAACAGGUUUUGAGGUUAUGAAAGUCAGCGAGGCUGAAUUUCCAGCCUUGAAUGGCCAGGGCGUUUCUUAUGCUGUGCAGCAGUUCCCUUCAGGCUCCUUAAAUCCUGUUCACAGUCAUCCUCAUGCUGCUGAGCUUCUUUUUCUUCUCAUAGGCUAUCUUGAAGCGGGCUUUGUUGAUGCACAAAAUGUGUUACAUAUUCAGACUCUUCAAGCCGGAGAUCUGUUUAUCUUCCCUAAGGGGGUUGUCCACUAUCAAUAUAACUACGGGCCGGACUCUGCUUUUGCGAUUUCUGCCUUCGGUAGUGCAAAUGCUGGAACUAUAACUAGUCCUGGGUCUGUUUUUUCAACUAACAUCAGGGAUGAUAUCAUUGCCAAGUCUUUCAGGAUUGAUGUAUCAACUGUUAAGAAGAUCAAGGCCUCUCCUAUACCCAAGGGCCAAGGCACGCUGAAAGAUCCUUUUCUUACAUAG